GAAAGAUAGAUAUACUCGAUCUGUACACAUAGAAAUUAGAAUUGCUUCAUAGUGUUGAGAAACUCUUACAUAGGAUUUUGGAAAUGGCUUCUUCCAUUCUCUUCUUUGGAUUCCUAGCUCUGUCCUUCAUCCAUGCUCUAGCAUCGGAUCCAGGCUCACUUCAAGAUUUCUGCGUGGCAGAUGAAACCAGUAAUGUGGUAGUGAAUGGUUUGGCUUGCAAGGAUCCCAAAAUGGUUCAAGCUGAUGACUUCUCCUUCAGUGGACUUCACUUGGCAGGCAACACUUCAAACGCUGUAGGGUCUAGGGUAACCACAGUAAACGUAGCCCAGAUACCAGGGCUUAACACACUUGGAAUCUCUCUUGUUCGCAUCGACUACGCACCAUGGGGCAUUAACCCUCCACAUACACACCCUCGUGGAACUGAAAUCUUGACUGUCAUUGAAGGCAGUCUUGAGGUUGGGUUCGUGACAUCCAACCCUGAAAACCGUCUCAUCACAAAAGUUCUACAAAAGGGUGAUGUGUUUGUAUUUCCUAUUGGUCUCAUUCACUUUCAGAGAAAUGUUGGAAAUGGCAACGCCGUAGCCAUUGCCGCUCUGAGCAGCCAAAAUCCAGGUGUCAUUACCAUUGCAAAUGCUGUGUUUGGCUCCACCCCAGAGAUCCCAAGUGACAUUCUAGUGAAGGCUUUCCAGUUGGAUAAGAAUGUUGUCAAUUACCUUCAAUCCAAGUUCUAAACAAUGUUGACAAAAAUUCAUUGAGGCUUUGGGAUAUAAGAUGUGCUCUUCUUGUGAGGGCUUUCAUUGUUUGUUAAUUUGCUUGUAACACUCCAUUGUUUAGCUUGAAUUGCUGUGUGCCUCUUUUCGGAUACAAGUGACAUUCUGUUAAUUUGUUUGUUAAUUCUUUGCUUCUCUAGUUUUCCUUUUCCAUGGCUAUGUAAUUCCUUUAUGUAGCUAUUGAAAUUUAUGAUUCA